GAAGAUCAAUAGAGCGCGGAAGCUGCAACCGGAAAGAUAGAAAACAUCCGAGAUUUUUCCUCCGGCCGGGCGACACAGAGCAGUUGGCUCUCUGGAGAAACUUCUGCAUUUUUAACCACAUCUAUGCCCCAUAAUGAGCAGACUGAUCCUUUUCCUACUGGUCAGUGUGAUGGUGCUUUUUCUUCUGAUGGUCAAUCCGACAGACGGCGCACGAAAGGGGGGUGGUCGACGAAAAACCAAAUCACGGAUGUCAGGAUCACAGAGAAUGAUAUUCUACACCAACCCCAGGCGGAAAGAGUAUUACGAUAAUGAAAAUGGAGCUAAAAUCAUCAAGGCUUCACACUUUGACUAUGAAUUUUUACUGGGACACAAAAUUGUCUUCAUCUGUGCAGCCAAAGGCGAUCCAAGACCUCGAAUAACAUGGUUUAAAGAUGGCAUAGAACUUCAUGCACAUCCAUACUUGCAGAUAACAGAAUGGCACACUGGAAAUGACCACAUCAAAAGUAAACUAGAAAUUACCCCAGCCAGACAGAUGGACUCGGGCACUUAUGAUUGUGAGGCUAAUAACAAGUAUGCCAUUGACAGGAGAGGCUUUAAGGCAGAUUUUGGUACCAUCAGCAAAUGAGAUGAUCAAACGGACACACUCUAGAGAGUACUUUUUUAAUUUGAUGUUAAAAUUAUAAAACAGGUGCUUUGAAGAUAUGACUCUCCGGUUCUUUCCUAGUUUUAACAAGGAGCAUUUUAACCUUUUUUUUUAUAUGAUGCUGAAAAACGUUGAGUGCAAAAAUCUAGGUCUCUAAUCUAUUAGAAAAAGGUGUUACAAGCAAGGAAUAAAGUUAUGGGGGGGGGGGGAUCUUAAGUUUUAAUUUCAGUCAAAAUUAAGUUUCAUUAAUAUGUAUCAUAUGUAAGAGAAAAUAUAAGAGAAAAUAUGUUCCAUCUUCAGAAAUGCUUUUGUAUUAAACGCUUAACUGAGUCUUGUGUCUAAACCCCUCUGUCACAUUUAAACAUAGUGUACUGGCUAAAGAUUCAUACAUGCUAUCAUGCUCCCCCAGUGGCGCACACAGAAAUUUUGCAAGGGGUGGAUCCAAGGUUGAAAGCCUCAUUCUCAUAUCAUAUCCCAAUACGCCAAGCCAUCAAACAUAUUGACUUGAUUUCAUCGAUUCCCGAGAAUGAAAAACAGUAAAAAAUAACCUAUUGAAUAAAUAAUUAGCCCUAUUUAAUGAAAUAUACCUA